CACAGACGAGAUGCACGAAUGGACAGGGGGAGGGUAGGACAGUGCAAAUCUAUGGCACCUGCAACAUCUUUGGAGAUGAAUGGGAAGAGGAUGGGCUUAGACAAAGAGCAACGUCAGAAGUAUAAAUUAAAACUAGACGUCCAGAACUCACACGUGAGGAGGUUUUGGGCGUGUUUCAUUAUUUGUAUACACAGACAGGUUCAAUAUCAAUAAACAGGUUGACCAACAUUCUUACAAAAUAAAAGAUGCAAUAGGCUAGCUAUUAGCUAUAAUAACGAGACUGACUGUUACUAUUACCAGACCUGUCCCAGCAAGAGAAGAAUAAAGAUGAUUCCCCUACCGCAAGCUCUUCUGCUGUUCACCUUGGGUCUCUUUGGGAUUACUGGAGCUACAGAAUGUGGAAUACCGUUGGUGACCAGCCGAAUUGUGGGGGGGCAGGAUUCACAGGAAGGACGAUGGCCCUGGCAAGUCAGCUUGAGGUUUAAUGGACAACACUUCUGCGGUGGAACUCUUAUUUCCAACCUGUGGGUCGUCUCUGCUGCUCACUGCUUCCCUAAUCCUAGCAUUGCAAGUUCUGUCACUGUGUUUUUUGGGUCCCACAAGAUAGACCAGCCAGAUGACAAUGAGGUUUCCAUUGCAGUUAAGAGAGUAUAUAAUAAUCCCACUUACCAUAAUGAAGGAGACAGUGGGGACAUCAGCCUUAUAGAACUUGUGAAGGAGGUCACCUACACUAACUACAUCCUCCCAGUUUGUCUACCUGAUGCUAAUGUGACUUUCCCCAGAGGCCUAAAAUGCUGGGUGACCGGCUUUGGAAAUAUUAAAUCUGAUUCCAUUCUGCCAAGCCCAAAGACCCUGCAGGAAGUAGCUGUGCCUCUGAUUGGUGCAACCGAGUGUGAUGGUUAUUAUCAAACCCCAACAUCUGCUGGAACAAGUACCCUAAGGGUUCACAAUGACAUGAUAUGUGCAGGGUACCUCAAUGGCGGCAAAGACUCCUGCCAGGGAGACUCUGGGGGACCGUUGGUUUGUUCUACAGGUUACCAAUGGUUCUUGGCCGGUGUGGUGAGUUUUGGUGAGGGCUGUGGGGAGCCGUACCGCCCAGGUGUAUAUACCCUCCUGACUAAGUAUAAUGACUGGAUAGCGUCAAUAGUCCGAGACAUCUCUGUGAAUGUGAAGUCCGCCACAUUUUCAGGACCUAUCAUUUCUCUGAAUAACACAGCUCCAGCCAUCAUUGCUUCCACCCUACAUAUCAGUUGGAUAACUACUAUUCUGCUACUUUUCGGAGGCAACAGAAACAGAAAACUUCAUCCAUCUCAAGAGACUCGCUGCUGUCACACCGACAAGAUGAGGCUGUGUCUCUGGGCAGUGGCCGGGUGUUGCCUUCUCGCUGGUUGUACAGUGACGGCUGCUUCUUCAGGUUGUGGCCAGCCCAUCUUCUCAGACCGCAUAGUAGGGGGCAAUAAUGCCGUGUUUGGAAAGUGGCCUUGGCAAGCCAGCAUACUCAAUCAGAAUUCUCAUGUCUGCGGAGGUUCCCUUGUGUCCAGUAACUGGGUGGUGUCAGCGGCACAUUGUUUUCCCAGGAGCUUCAAGAUAGAAAAUCUCCGGGUGUUACUGGGUUGUAACAGUCUCACAAAUCUAACCUCAGAAGCAGUCAUCACCCGUGUGAAACGCGUCAUUACCUAUCCAUUGUACAAGGGAGAUGGAAGCAGUGGAGAUAUAUCUCUGGUGGAAAUGGAGAGUCCCAUCAUCUAUUCCAGCUACAUCCUACCCAUCUGCGUCCCAUUCCAAAAUGAUGACUUUCCAUCAGGAAAGAUGUGCUGGGUGACAGGCUGGGGAGACAUUCAGACUGAUGUGAGUCUUCCCCCACCAUAUUCACUCCAGGAAGUAGAAGUACCUCUCAUCAGCGCUUCUUCUUGCAACAAUAUGUACCACUACAACUCUGACCUUGACCCUGCCACUAAACUAGUGUUUGAAGACAUGAUCUGUGCCGGUUAUCCAGAAGGCCAAAAAGAUGCCUGUCAGGGAGACUCUGGUGGUCCAUUGGCUUGCAAAUCAGGUAACUCUUGGUUCCUGACCGGAACUGUGAGCUGGGGGGAUGGCUGUGCUGAACCCAACCGGCCAGGAGUUUACACAAAGGUCUCCAGUUUUUCUUUCUGGAUUAAUCAGUACAUAAGUUUGAAUGCCAAUGUUACCAUGCCAACUCCAUUUGGCAGCAGCAGUCUCACCAAGAGCAGCCCAGCAAAAGAAGUUGUAACCAACACUGACUAUAAAAGCAGCAUUAAUUCAGUGGGACUCGGUGUCCAUGGCCCUGCAUGGCUUUUAGGAGCCACGCUCCUUGCGUCAAUUUUUAGAGGCUUCUGAAGAAUGGAUUUGGAAUAUAAAUAGCUCAGAGGCACAAUUUAUUUUGCAUAUUAUUCCCUUUAUUCAUACCUUCCCAAGCGAAGAUCACAAACUAGAGACUUUUCUACUGCACCUGAAGAUGUUUCCUUGGUCUUCAGAAAUGUUUUGGAUGUAUUAUUAGCAACUGCUUUUUCUCUAUGAUCAAUUUUGAGCUUGACCAGGAUCCAUCCAACCUGAUCGCCUGAUGCAACUAACUUUUAUACUAUCCUAAUAAUAUCCUUCUGUAAAAACCUUAGGUCCAAUAGCUCACUGUAUUGUUGCCUUCAUCCUCUUGCUUGCUCCUCCUGCUAUUCACACAUAUAUCACAUUUUGUAGCUGUGCUCCAUCUCGUGGUCAAACAUAUGAAAUGAAUAAAUUACCUUCAUGAUGUAUUUCUAUAAACUGCAUACUGUCCAUUUCUGGGGAUGUCACAUGUAGAUAUGUUAUAUGUAUGCAGAGAUGCUGAACUCAAGGCUUAGAGGCCACACACAUUAUUAUUAGUAUUAUCAUCUGUUAUUGAGUUAUAUGUUGUUUAGUAGGUACUAGAUACUUAUAUGUUGUUUAGUAGGUAGAUACUUAUUAUUCACACUAUCUGGGACUGGCAUCACUGUGCAACACUGAUCUACUCUAUUCCCUCUGCAUAUGGAGUCAGGGGAACAACAAUGAACAAAGCAUACUGCCCCCCAUAAUAAUAACUGAUGAAGCUGAAGGAGCAAACUGUUGGCAAUAACAGUAAUUCAGGUUGGGACCAAGGCAGGAGAAUUAGCACCGGAGUGGCUCCAUGAGGCAAUAUGCAAUAACUUCCAUCAUCAUGGCGGCAUAAGCAAAGAAGAGUCACCCACAUACCAUCAGGGACCAAUGGGAGAAGCUGCUGGGUCUUCCUCUACCAAGCUGAAUGUCUGAAUGGUCUUGAACAAAGUUAUGGGCCCAUAGCUUGCUGACAGCUCUUCUUGAGAACAUAAGGACAUUCUAAAAUAUGUGUGUGUGUGUGAAAUAAUUGGUAAUUUGAUAAUGUCUCCUUGUAUGUCUCAGAAGCACCUCAGCACACACUGUAUAUAUGAUUAUUUAUCAGGGGAAUAUAAUAAACUGUCACAUUGUAAAUUGCACCUGUAUCAUAUUUAGGGAAUAUAUAAAUACAUUUUGAGUCAUA